GGGACGCUUCCGCUUCACCUCUGAGUCUACUGCCAGAAUCCCUCUGUUAGUGUCACCUCAGAGCACCACCUCGACCAGAAAGGCAUUCGAUGAUCUCAUGCGAUCAUUAAUGGCUCCAAUGCUAUCUGAUAUACAAUCCGCUCCUGCCCUUGCUCCUGACCCCUCCGUUGCCUUCUCUGCCGCCGAUUCUCCUACCAUCAUGUAAUGAUUCCACGACGUCAACUUCGUUCGACGACAUGGACUUUUCUGCAUCUCUUGAUCCCGAUCUGGAAGCUUUCAACUCGAUGUUGCAUGGUGAUACGUUCUCGUUCGAUCUGAAUUCGAGUAAGAACCCGGAUGCAGUCGCCGACAAACGUGCCCAUGGACGUGCACCUGCCACGGCAUCAGCCCAUGGCCAGUCUAACUCCUCAGCCUCCGGGCUCCUCGGCUUUUCCAACCCCAACACGUCAAACCUGCAAGGCGCCUCGCAGGUCCAGUCACAAACCGCGCCUCCAACGACACAGUCGCAGAGCCAGAGCCAGUCACCGGAGGCGUCGACGAUCGCGCCGAUGGACCCUGAGACACCUAUCUCGUCGGAGAUCCAGAUCGUGAGAGGAGAGGGUUUCGGGCAGUUCUCGCAAUUAGGUGAGAGGGCGAUUGUGGAGAAUAGGGAGGUGGGUGUGGGUAGGGAGGGUGGGGGGUCGUCGUCUCAGCAGCAGCAGCAGCAGCAACCACAAGCAAGUAGUCAAGUACAAGCACAUACGCAGCCUCCAGCAACGAUACCCGCACCCGCACCCGCAGGAUCAUCUCAGCCACAGUCAUACCCACAGCAGCAUCCCCCAGCAUACUUCCUCCCCGGCCCCGGCCCAGGGACCCCAUAUUCGCCCUCAAUGUCAAUGCCACCCACUCCCGCGCCUUACCCGUAUGCGUACGCGUAUCCGUAUCUGCACCCCUCUCCACACGCGUAUCCGCAUCCCUCGCCACACGCGUAUCCGCAUUCGCAUCCCUCGCCACACGCGUACGCCUACGCCUAUGCACACCCGCCUCCGGGUCUUACGUCCACCUCCCUUCUUGCUACCGUGCUCGAUCCGCGUCAUCAGCCACAGUACCCGCCUCUGUACGCUCCACACCCUGAUAGCCUGGGCCAACAUUCUCCGGGUUCUACAUCCUCCGCAUCCCUUCCCACAAUCGCGAACGGGGCUCGUAACCCCUCUUCGACUGGGCCGAACACAACCACAACCACAACCACUUCGACAACGGCGGCGAAGUCAGCUAGCGCAAAGUCAAAGAAAGAGGAUAUCAUCAAGAGGGCGAAGGAGAGGCGGAAGGCGUUGCAGAAGGAGUUGGAGAGGGCGAAGGUGGAGCUUUGGGAGGUUACGAUUGAGCAGGGGGUUUUGGCGCAUUUGGUUAAGGAGGAGGGGAAGGCGAAGGUGGGGGGCGGGAGGUAG